UUCUGUGUGUUUUGGCAGCAUGGCCUCUUCUGCGAAAAGGCGAGCCGUAGGAAUGGGGGUCAACCCGGAGGAGAAUGAGGAGGAGAGCUCGGAGGAAGAGGCAUCCGAGGGAGAGGAGGACAGCGAAGACUCCGAUGAGGAGAUACACGAGGAGGUGAAGGUGGACUUUGAGGCACAUGCGAUCUCCGAGAACGAUUUUAACGGGAUAAAGAAAUUGUUGCAACAGGUAUUCUUGAAAGCCACUGUAAACAUUUCAGAGCUGACAGAUAUCAUCAUCCAGCAGAAUGAAAUUGGAAGUGUCAUUAGACAAGGUGAAGUACCCGAGGAUAGUGAUGAUGACGAUGAUCCUGAUGAAGUGUUUGGAUUCAUUAGUUUGUUAAACCUCACUGAAAGGAAGGACACCCCGUGUGUGGAGCAGAUUAAGGAGCUUAUCCUGAGCCAGUGUGAGAAGGUCGUCCCCCAGGGUGUCGCAGAGCAGCUGGAGAAGAUCAUGAGUGAUACGAGCAAGCCUGUGGGCCUGCUGCUCAGUGAGAGGUUCAUCAAUGUGCCCCCACAGAUCGCUCUUCCCUUGCACAAGCAGCUCCAGGAAGAAAUAAGACAAGCCCAGAGGACCAACAAGCCCAGUGGAAAAUGCCAUUAUUACCUGAUGAUAAGCAAGACCUGCAAGGAGGCAAAGAAGGGAGAUUCUAGGAGAGGGGGUCCCCAAAAAGAGGAGGAGCUGAUGUUUGCGAACGCCGAAGAGGAAUUCUUCCAUGAGGAAGCAGUCAUUAAGUUCAAUUACUCUGUCCAAAAUGAAGCUGACUCUUGCCUGGGUGGACGAUGGAACUUUAAUGAUGUUCCAAUGAAACCAUUCCGUACAGUGAUGUUAAUCCCCGCCGAGUGCAUCAACGCAAUCAUGGCCAAGCUGAAAGAGUAUCUGACGGUAUGAGUAGCAUUAAAGAUGUGGGAUAGCGGUUCGUGUGUGACCCUCUUUAGUUUGGAAUUUGUCAAAGGAAUUGUCAAAACUGGCUCUUGAUACAUACUGUGUCAGAUCUAGUGACAAGUCAGGUACAGUUUUGCUCAAGAGUUAUGCAAAAUACUUUAAGAAAUGUACAUACUCUUUGUAUUGAAAAUACUGUAAGCAUACCGUUGUAUCAGAAUGUAAGCUUACACUGCGGUGAAAAGUAAAUGAUGUUAAGGACACAACCAUAGUUUGAAUUCACAUUUUGUUCCUUCAGGAAUCUUACUGAUCUUUCAUAAAAAGGGCAUAUCGAUACUCCCACCCAUAGGAAUUCAUCGAUAUUCUUUAGCAGUUGUUUUUAAGAAACAAAUGCAUUUUCAGAUUUGGAUCCUAGUACACUUAAAUCUGAAAGUUUUCAGCAUGUCUUUUAAGAAAUGUUAAAAGAGUGGGGUGGGGGAUAUGCUAUCUGCUUUUGCAGACUGCCUGCCCUUGAACUUAUGAAAUCAAGUCACAAACUGCACCUGAAACUUGAUUAACAUAUAAUUAGUUAACAAUAAAACAGACAAUGGCCCUGUCAGCAUGGGCCCUGGAUAGCAGGAUGAGGCUUUAUCAUUUAAUAGAUUUUCAUUCUCUCUUAGAGAAGAUGUGUUUUUAAUCACAUGAGGAAUCUAAAGUCAAUUAAUAAAAUGCUGUGUUAAUGCUUGUUUCAUCUAUACUGUAGCUGACAAGUGAUUGAGGGAUGUUCACAAUAAUAAUUUAAUCUGUUGUUGCUGCUAGAAGUUUAUAUUUUUAUUUAAGUGCUGCUUUGAACAGAUUCAGCAGCAGCAGUUGGCUUUUAAAAUGGUCUUUUUACAGUCUUCAUGAAAUUCCUUCUACAGCAACGAAUUUUAUCCUACCUUUCUUUUGCUUUAACUUUUUGUCUAUUGUGUCAAUGGACUACAUUCUGCUGUAGUUCUACCCAUUCAUUAAAAAAUAAUUCAUUUUAUUUGCUAUAUUAUGUAGAUUGAUGAUUGUGUGCUCUGCAACAAGAGUGUACUAAAGAUAGCGAGGAACUUACUCUUACAUCAGUCAUUCAAGAAAAUAACCUUGAAAUAACCACCUCACAGCCAGGUGAUGGCUUAUAUAAAAUCCAAGCAGCUGCUGGCUGUCCUUUGGCCUGAGGUUCCACAUGUUUCAGUACCUCAUGAACGUUUCCAGCAAAGACACAACACCACUCUAGUUUUAAAUAAUUUAAUCAUCCAUAAACCAUGUACCAUAUACAGUAUAUAUUAUAUUCUUAUCAAAACCACUGUACUGAUAAAAUUUUUUUGAAUGAACAUGUAUUACUUUAACUGAAGUAAAAACAAAUCUUUUAAAGAC